UCAAGCCGCUGUUGGCCCGAAGCCGCGCCCACAUGCAUUGGCGUCGGACAGGACCCAGGUGUCAUGCAAGCUGCCAGAGCGCGGACGGUGGGCGGGGCGUGCCCUGGGCAGGCGGUGCUGUCUCAGACCGAUGAGCUCUUGCCACUGCGCGGCGACGCGGACUGCCAAGAAGGCCGGCGCCGCAAGAGCCUCACGGCCACUGCCCUCGCCGUGGCUGUUGCCGCCCUGGCUGCUGGGGCCGCAGUGCACUGCUGGCGCGGGCGCUCCGCUCCUGCUGGCUGGCACGAGCUGCGCGGGACCGUGGAGCUGGCGGGGCGCCCUGCAGUGUGCGCUGAGCCUGGUGAGGACUGUCGGUCUACUGGCUGCUGCAGCGUAGAGGGCCUGACAUGUUACGAGAAGGACCAGCACUUUGCCGGGUGCCGGCCAAACUGCACCAAGGGUGGUCUCGACCCCGAAGCCACUGGAGAGGCUGCCAAUGGCCCGUGGACAUGCGGCGUGCCAAAGAUGUCGUGUGCCUGCCAGCGCAGGUGUCAGGGCAAUCUUUCAUGUCCCGACUUCCCAGAGGUUGAGUAUAUCUACCUCCCGGAUAGCGAGGAGGACCUGAACAGAUUGGAGCGUCUCUCGAUCGAGUACGACAAGCAUCUGUCGUGCGGACGGGCUGCGCUUCACAAGGUUGCGGGCGUGAACGCUGAGAGAUGGGAGCAGGGGGACGGCGGGUACGAACGUGUGCGGAAGUACGGCGAGGGGCUGCCCGAAAUGCAGCCCGACGAGCUCAUCUGGACGCCGACUGGCAUGGUGCCAGUCGGAGAUUCGGCACCGUGGUGGAACAAGCACCACCUGACCUUCGCAGAGGUGGACGACCAGGGCCGCAGCACCUGGGUGGCGAAGGGCCUUGCGCACCACGCCAGCUGCAGCCUCUCGCACUUCGUCGUCUGGAUGGACGCCCGGGAGCGUGGGUUGCCUGCGGUGAUCAUGGCCGAGAGCGACGCGCUGCUGUCGGACUGGUGGGUGCCUUACGUCGGAGGCUCACCAGACGAGUACGACAGCGUGAUCCUGGCCCUUCUGGAGGACGCGCCAACGGACUGGGACGUGAUCUACUUGGACAAGGGCAGGCUCGGCGUCCGCGGCGACAAGAAUCCGGUCACGAGGCUUGAGCGCGAGUGCUGGGGCAGCCCUUACGACGUCUACGAGUGGACAGGUGAAGGACAGGCGGGCGCGACUAUGUACAUGGUGAGCGAUCGAUUUCUCAGCUCCGUGCCGCAGAUAAUCCACGACGUCGGCUUCGACAUGGUGGACGGAUGGUUGGGUGACCGCUGCAACCCCGACAAAGAGGGACCUGUGCCUGGGGGUCAGCUGCGCUGCUACUCCGUCGUCGCCGCUGAACCCCCAAAGCCCUGCGAGCGCGUCUGCAUCGCGGAGGGCCAGGCCGCCACGUGUGCCAAGAGGCUGUCUUACGCAGCCAGCGCAUCCCACGGGCCGGACGCGUGCAGCUCCGCGCGCGCCUCGGUGGCGAAGCUGUGCCCGGGCUGUGCAGCGUGCGCGGCCUCCCCCGACGCGUGCGGGCCGCCAUUCCCGCACGAGAACCUGAGCGUGGCCAAGCCCGUGCGCCCGAAGCCGCGCCCCGUCCGCGCUGGAAGGCCUGCAGAUGUCGCACAGCUGGGGCAGCCGAUCUCGCAGAUGACCGAAGGCGCGAGCCCUGUGGCAGCCUCCGCUGACUUCGAGGUCCAGGGCCAGGAAGCUGCUGCACUUCGUGGCCUCGACGACGGCAAGGCCGAGGACGACGCUGCAGGCGAGGCUGCCAGUAGCAGCAACGAGGCCUGCAAGUCGACUUGCAAGAUCGACGGAGACUCUGCCACGUGCGAGUCUCGCCUGCAGUACGCCUUGGAGAGCCUCUAUGCCGAUCGGCCAGACGCCUGCGCCGCAGCGUACCGCCUGGUGCGCAAGCAGUGCAAGGGCUGCAUGAUGUGCGUGCCGCCGCCCGAAAAGUGUGGUCCCCCUGCGGGCUCUGCGCCCGCACCGCCAGCGCCGGCGCCGCCAGCGACCUCGCCUGGCUGCGCCAAGGAGUGCAACUUCGAGGGCGUCAGCGCUGAGUGCGGCAAGCGAGUGCUGUACGCUGCCGCGGAGGGGCUGGGCGAGGACAAGUCGUGCAAAGCGGCGCACAAGCUAGUCCUCGAGCAGUGCUCCGUCUGCAAGGACUGUGAACUGGAGGACGUCGGUUGUGCCACGUAAGUCUGCUCCAUCGUGUGGAUGAGGCGCCAUCUGGUGCUGGAGCUGACGCAGUCUGCGCGCCUUGCGUGCCAUGGGGCUAGGCGCUCUGUUGUCAGGCCGAGCCGCCUCAGCGCCCAUUUUGUUGGGGCUCCUCCUCGGCCUCUGCUGUCUCCUCUCCCUCUUACCCUCUGCCUUACUCCUCUCCUGGCUCUUUCCUUCCCCCCCACCUCGUGAUUUCCCUCCUGCAACUACUGAUCUCCGCCAUUUCGCCUCCCACUUAUUCGCUUUGCAUUGUUUCUUUCCUCCACUUUUUCCCUUACGAUAAUAUGUCAGGCCUUGUGCAUGCCAACCUCGGAUACCUCUCUUAUGCUGUAGGCGGUCUGUUGCCAUUUCCCCUGCUUGCCAUCCGCUCCAUCCGAUCCUGCCCUGCGUUAGGGCCCUUCUCGUCGGCGCUGGCAUCUAGAUGAUCUGCGCAGCCUGAUAUGCAAAUUCGCCUAGGUAGCAGAGCACUGGCAUGCAAGGCAUGCGUGCCAGAAGCACAAGCGGCAUGUACCAAUUCAAGAAAGCCACAAGUCGAUAUAAGGGGCCUGUCAUGCAAUCACGUGUGUGGGAAGUCGGACACUGAGGGAACGCAAGAAUUCCAUGAACUGAUAAUGGAACUUGUGAAGACAAACGUUGUUCAAAGUAUACCAGCCAGCGUCGAACCCAAGCAGCGCC